UGACGUCACCGCCGCCCCCGCCCACCGUUAUGGCGCUUCCGGACUGGACGCUGUGUGUGUUCGGGGUGGCCUCGGUCUGCGGCGGCUUCUACAUCUACCGCCUGCUGUCCGGCGGCCGGAGGAGCGCGUGGAACCGCGGACCGCUGGCCGAACUGAUGGCCCGGACCGAGAGACCGCUGUUCUGGAUCGCGUAUUCGCUGUACGCACGGACCAAACUGGGCUAUGUAUUUUACAAACGUCAGAUGAAGAAAGCACGGGAGAAAUACCCAUCAGGCCACUCUCGCACCCAGCCCACAACCAUAAACGGUAUCAAGAUCAUCCCUGUUCCAGUUCUGUCUGACAACUACAGCUAUGUAAUUAUUGACACUGCGUCCAGUCUGGCUGCUGUGGUGGACCCGGCUGAUCCUCAGUCUGUGCAGAGCUGUCUGGAAGAAGAGGGUGUGACUCUAGAGGCGAUUCUCUGCACACAUAAACACUGGGACCACAGUGGAGGAAAUCGUGCUUUGAAAAGGCUUCACAGUUCCUGUAGGGUGUAUGGAAACCUUAUGGACAACAUUCCUGGCCUCACACAUCCUCUGACAGAUAAAGAUACCAUAGACGUUGGGACGAAGCUGCGCUUCAGGGCCUUUUACACUCCUGGCCAUACUGUGGGUCACAUGAUUUAUCUCUUGGACGGACGAGUGUUUGGAGGCCCCAGCAGCCUCUUUUCAGGGGACCUGGUUUUUCUCUCAGGAUGUGGGAGAAUGUUUGAAGGCAACGCAUCAACAAUGCUGUCGUCUCUGGACACAGUCGGCUCACUGAACGACGACACACUGCUCUGGCCUGGUCACGAGUAUGCUGAGGAUAACCUGCUGUUCGCUGCAGAAUUGGAGCCGGGUAACAUAACGCGGGAACAGAAGCUCCAGUGGGUUCUGCAGCAGAGAGGGCAGAGACUGUGCACGAGUCCAUCUACACUGGCAGAAGAAAAGCAGUACAAUCCAUUCCUGAGGAGCCAUGCUCAGGAUCUUCAACAAGCUUUGGGCCUGCAGCAGAACCAUGAUGAGGACUGGACCUUGUACAGAGCUCGGGUCCUGGAGGAGCUACGUAGAAGGAAGGACAUUUAUAAAAGCAGAUAGACACCACAGUCUUGCACUAAUAAACCCCUACCAACUGGCCCUGAUGUUGUGUUCCUCACCCAAAGUGUGUAGGAUUGCUGUAUGGGAAAGGUGGGCACUGACUGAGGCAGAUGGGCAAUAAUAGACUGGGAAAUCAUAUUUGGUGGGUACAGUUUGCACAGUUUGACAAGAUAGACCAUUACUAAGUCGCUGUUGUCUCUAUGCUGGAAGCUGGAACAGCCACUUGGAGCGGUUUUCUCCAAAACAAGAUGGUUUCAGGCUGAUUUCAAUCUCCUUAGUCUUACUUGAGCUGCUAUAAAUUUAUAGAAACAGCAAUGUAUCAUGCACACCCUCUCCUGUUUGAACUAGGGUUGUACAAUACCUUUUAAAGCGUAUUUUUAUCGUUCUCAUGAAACGCAUUAAGAGUUACGAUAACAUUGAGCAUAAUAGCUAAUACAAACUCUUCAUCCUAAAAACUCUAUCACGUUACAUAACGAGGCUGGAGGUAGAGUGAAGUAGAGCAGUGUGUGCUUUCACAGUGGACCUCACUCUGCCUCACUCUAUUUCUCAUCCUGGGAAAAAUUUGUCUAGCUAAGCCAAGUGCUGAAAAACCUUUGAGAAUCUUAAAUAAAUUUAGAUUCUUUAAUUUAUCUUGUUUCACAUCAAUAUUAUGAUAUUCAACAGUGUUAUCACACAUUACAUUUUUCCAUAUCGUACACCCCUAGAUUGAACCAACUUUACCAUCUCUACACAGAAGAGCAAUCCAUGUUUAUAAUCUCAAGGAUUUUCCACAAACUGAUGCUGACCAAAAUCAUGGGCUGCUGUUCUGUGCAGACCUACACCUUCUUCCCAAACCAACCCUUUAUAGACUGUAUAUAACUGGUCUAUACCAGAGGAGGCAAAAUAAGCUGCUUAAAAUCUUCCUCGAAGAUGCUUCCAACGGAGGACACGCCACAGUAUUCUGCCCAAGAAAUGUUUAAAAUAUUUUGGAGUGACAUCACUGUGGUCAUACCCACAAAGCACCUGAGCACAUGUUUAUUAUUAAAUUAAUUAUUUAUUAAUUUGGUAAUUUUUUGAAUUGUGUAUGUGUAGAAAACACUUUCGUGAUUGUAGAACAUAUGUCACUUAUUAUGAACAAAUAAAAAAGAGAUAAAUAAAAUGAA